AUGAACUCUGUUGAUUGGGAUCAAGAACUGAAAAAGUAUCAGGAUGUAAUAGCUUCGGGUACCAAGAGUAGGAAAAUAAAGGCCAUGGUGACGUUGGCACGUUGUUCUAAGCAUGCCCCUGAACAUGUUUUAGCUCGCACCAUACCUAUUCUCACUGAAAUUCUUGGUCACAAUGUUUCAAAUAACUCUGCUUCUUCACUUCAAGAGGCUGCUGCAUAUUGCUUGAAGUGCAUUGCUUGCAGGGGUGGUGGUGAGUUGGCAGUUGAAAUUGGUGGACAUGGUGCCACUCAUUCUUUGAUGAGGUUGUUGCCUCAUUCUGAUGGAAGCAUGCAGAAGGUCCUGAUAAAAUGUUUGCUCGUUAUUGUUAGUUUUUGCAAUGCAAGUAGGGCAGUUGUUGUCACCAAUGGUGGGGUGGAAAUGAUCAUUGGUUUGUUGAGUUCUUGCACCAAUGAUACUAGGAGGUAUUUGUUGGAGAUUUUGAGUGUGUUGGCAUUGAGGAGGGAUGUUAGGAAGGCUCUCAAUAGACUAAGAGCUCUUCACUAUGUUGUGGAGGCUGCUAGUUUUGGGACAAUGAUGUCUAGGGAAAGGGCUUGUCAAGCACUUGGGUUACUUGGAGUCACGAGACAGACUCGGCGCAUACUUGUCGAAUUGGGAGCAAUUCCAGUGCUUGUGACAUUGUUUCAUGAUGGAGAUCACACCACGAAGCUUGUUGCUGGUAAUUCUCUUGGUGUGAUAUCUGCUCAUGUUGAUUACAUUAGGCUGGUUGCUGAAGCUGGGGCUAUCCCUCUUUAUGCUGAGCUUCUUGAAGGUCCUGAUCCUUCUGGGAAAGAGAUAGCUGAGGAUGUGUUCUGUAUAUUGGCUGUUGCUGAGGCUAAUGCUGUUGAAAUUGCUGGUCACUUAGUGAGGAUUCUGAGAGAAGGUGAUGAUGAAGCAAAGGCUUCUGCAGCAGAUGUGAUGUGGGAUCUGUCGGGUUACAAACACUCAAUGUCUAUAGUCCGGGAAUCAGGUGCGAUUCCUAUUCUUGUUGAGCUUUUGGAGAGUGGAAGUGAAGAUGUGAAGGUGAAUGUUUCUGGGGCAUUUGCUCAACUUAGCUAUGAUGGAACUGAUAGAAUGGCACUUGCUGAGGCAGGGGUGAUUUCAGUUCUGAUUGACAUGAUGAAUGAUGUUGAUGAGGUUGAGGAACUAAGGGAUAAUGCUGCAGAGGCUCUUGUCAAUUUUUAUGAUGAUCCAUUGUAUCAUGAUAGAGUGGCGGGUGAAAUUAAUAUUACUUCAUUCAGAAAUAUUCAGAAUAGGUUAGUUCAUAUUCGGGCAUCGAAUGAGCAUAUGGCUAGAUCCUUGAGAAGAAUGAGUGUUGAGCAGCUCACAUGGAACACAGAUCUUGUAUAA